AUGGGGAAUUCCUCACUCAUCUGUUGGUCUUAUGAUCCUAAUCUCUCAAACAACGUCUUAAAUCUGGUUGAACAACGAAAUACAGAAUUAGACACACUUGCUGCGAAGACAGAACAGCUUGAAGAAUUUGCUCAUGAAUUUGCUACGUGUACCCAAAAAGUAAGGUUGAAACAACAAGCACGCGUAAGAUGCUGUGGAAUAGGAAGUAAAUGGAAGGUCUGCUGGUACAUAUGCGCUUGUCAACGAAAAAUAAAAAGGCAGAAAGGAAAACAACAAAAAAAUGGAAAAGCAAUCUCGACGACAGAGGAGCUUCUGGAGGACUAUGAUUACUAUAGACCGGCGAACCCUGGAAGUUCUGGAACAAAACCAGAAAACGAAUUGGCGUCACAAUACACUGAUGAAGAAACCAGAAUGAAAGCCGCAGAGUUGUUGCAAUUAGACACAUAAUAACAACUUUCAUUAAUGAUCUAACUCAGACAUGGCCCGCGGGCAUAAAUCCGACCCGUUGGGUAAAUCAAUCUGGCCCGCCUGAUGCUGCCACAACAAAACUAAAAUCCAAUUUUGAUGUUUUAGCUAAAAAUAGCUCAAG